AUGAGCAGCGACGAGGCCGAGACAACGAGCUCGCCGACGGCGCCGCCGCUGGAGGACGACGACCUGCUCUCCGAGAUCCUCCUCCGCCUCCCGCCGCAGCCCUCGUCCCUCCCCCGCGCCUCCGCCGUCUCCAAGCGCUGGCGUAGCCUCGCCUCCGACCCCCGCUUCUGCAGCCGCUUCCGCUCACACCACCGCCGCAACCCUCCCCUCCUCGGCUGCUUCGUCAAAUUCUUUGACGACAUCCACUUCGCUUCUACCCUGGACGCGCCCAAUCGCAUCCCGCCAUCCCGCUUCUCCGUCCCCAUCCACGCCGGUGACAGCUUCCGGCCCCUCGGGUGCCGCCAUGGCCUCGCGCUCAUCCUCUCGCCCAAGAACCAGCUCCUGGUGUGGGACCCCAUCACCGGCGGCCAGCACCGCCUGGGCAUUCCUCCAGCGUUCGACGCGGAUGACAGCUGGAUCAGCGCCGCGGUGCUUCGCCCUGCCGCUGCCGGAGACAUCCAGCACUUCCAGGUGGUCUUGGUAGGAAACAGCGACAUGCACCGCCGAAAGGCCGUCGCCUCCGUUUACUCAUCCGAGACCGGCGUAUGGGGUAAUCUCAUCACAGUACAGCUUCCGCCUGAUGAUCCUAGUGUUAAUCAAUACAACCCCGCUGUGAUGGCUGGGGAUUCCCUUUACUGGUUGAUUAGUGGGGAAAUCUACGGAAUUCUUGAAUUCGAUUUGGAUACGCAGAGCCUAUCUUUGAUACCUGUGCCAGGGGAUGAGAUUCACUGGUGGGAAGGUGUUGGCAAUAUUUCGGUUAUCUUGUUAGAAGAUGGUGGCCUUGGUUUCCUCAUCCUGUCAAAAUUCAGCGCCCAAUUAUGGAAGAGGGAGAUGAAUUGUGAUGGUGUUAAUUCAUGGCUGCUGGAAAGAACUAUUGCACUGGACAAGCUACUUUCCAUUAAUUCAGAACGGGCGGCAUCGCGCCCAUUCAUCAUCGGGUUUGCUGAGAACAAUAAUGUGGUGUUAUUACGGACAUUGACUGGCGUAUUCACGGUCCAGCUGGAAUCAUUGCAGUUCAAGAAAGUUUUCGACUACAACGAUUGGCAUGGCUUUUAUCCAUUUGAAGUUGUCUAUACUGCAGACAACAGCAUUGGUGGUGCGCAUGAUGGAGCUGAACUUCCAAAAAACAUAAAAUGAUUUGUCAAGAUGGACAUGCUAUUGUGAUAUAUUGAUCAAGCAGGUAUAUAGUUAACUUCCGGUGGCUGAGAUGCAGAAAUGGAUUAUUUUCUGUAUGUUCUUCCAUUUCAUUCUGUAUGCUGCAUGGAACCUGUGAAAUUGACCCUUUCUAUAUCAUCCCCUGGUCAAAGAUGAAGUGAUCUCGUAGGAAUUAGCAUGCCCUGGUGGACCUUGAAGUGUGAACUCAUCUGAAGUAGCUAAUUUGUGUAUGUUAUCUGGUUUCAGUAGACAUUAUUCCAACUGGCAUGAAGAGAGACUAAACUUGCUUCUAUUAAUUCCAUAUUGUUGGCCCUCUCA